UGACGAAUGACGUGCAUCACGUGAUUACAAUCGACUUCGGAGGAGGUUUGGGGCCACGAGGUUGAACCUUAAUUGUGUAUCAUUUAAUUUUACCCGGCGAGAAGAUUUUGUGUACAAAAUAAGGACAUGCCGUCAAGUAAUCCUUUACCGCCAAAGGAAAAUGCCUUAUUUAAGCGAAUUUUAAGAUGUUACGAACAAAAGCAAUACAAGAACGGAUUAAAAUUUGCCAAGCAAAUUUUAUCGAAUUCCAAGUUUACAGAGCAUGGAGAAACGUUGGCCAUGAAAGGUUUGACAUUAAAUUGCUUGGGACGUAAAGAUGAAGCCUACGAGUAUGUCAGGCGAGGUUUGCGAAACGACUUACGUUCUCACGUCUGCUGGCACGUUUACGGACUUUUACAAAGAUCUGACAAGAAGUACGAUGAGGCGAUUAAGUGUUACAGAAACGCACUCAAGUGGGAGAAAGAUAAUAUUCAAAUUCUACGCGAUUUGUCACUUCUUCAAAUACAGAUGAGAGACCUGGAAGGAUAUCGGGAUACACGUUAUCAGCUCCUAAUGUUACGACCUACACAGCGAGCAUCAUGGAUCGGUUACGCAAUGUCAUUUCAUUUGCUGGGGGACUACAAAAGUGCACUAAAUAUUUUAGAAACGUUUUUAGACCAACAACAAAAAGGGAACAAUUACGAUUACGAACACAGCGAGCUACUUCUCUAUCAAAAUAUGGUCAUACACGAAUCGGGCGAUUUGAAACGGGCGCUGCUCCACUUGGAAAAACGCGAAGAUCAAAUUUUGGAUAAAUUAACGUUAAAGGAAAUUUUAGGCGAAUUAAACUUAGACCUCGAGCAAUACGAGAAAGCGACGAAGUACUACGAACAGCUAAUGAGGAGAAAUCCGGAGAAGACGACGUACUAUUACAAAUUAAUCCAAGCUCGAGAACUAGUUAAAUCGGAAGAUAUUGUACAGUUUUAUUUAGUUUUAGGCGAUUUAUAUCCGAAGUCGAACCCGCCGAAGCGCCUACCUUUAAAUUACGCCGUCGGCGAUCAAUUUAAAACCUUAGUCGAUAGUUACUUAAGACAAGGUUUGAGGAAGGGCGUACCGCCUUUGUUCGUCGAUUUACGUUCUGUAUAUACGGAUAAGAGCAAAGUUGAAAUCAUUGAGCAAUUGUUGUUACAAUACACCGAUGCCUUAAAGUCAAUUGGAAAGUUCGCCGAGACCGAAGUGAAUAACGGCCCUAAGGAACCAGCGUCGGCGUUACUUUGGGUUUACUAUUUCCUCGCGCAGCACUACGAUUAUCUGGAUCAAACCGAAAAGGCUUUAAUGUACAUAGAUGCGGCUUUGGAGCAUACGCCUACGCUUAUAGAGUUGUUCGUCACAAAAGGACGAAUCUACAAGCACGCGGGCGACCCGUACGAAGCGUGCAAGUGGUUGGACGAAGCCCAAGCUCUCGACACCGCCGACCGAUAUAUCAACUCGAAGUGUGCGAAGUACAUGCUACGAGCCAACAAGCUAAAGGAGGCGGAGGAGAUCUGUUCGAAAUUUACCCGCGAGGGCGUAUCCGCGAUGGAGAACUUAAACGAGAUGCAGUGCAUGUGGUUUCAGACGGAGUGCGCGUUAGCUUACCAAAGAUUAGGAAAGUACGGGGAGGCGCUGAAAAAAUGUCACGAAGUCGAUCGGCAUUUUUCGGAAAUAAUCGAGGAUCAGUUCGAUUUUCAUACGUAUUGCAUGCGUAAAAUGACAUUGUGUUCGUAUGUCAGACUGCUGAGAUUGGAGGACGUGUUGAGGGGGCAUCCGUUUUAUUUUAAGGCUGCGCGUUGUGCCAUCGAGGUGUAUUUGCAUCUCUUCGAUGAACCGGUCAAGGACGAAAAUACGGAGCAAGAGUUAAAUAUCGAAAAUUUAGCGCCCUCCGAAUUGAAAAAGUUACGAAAUAAACAACGAAAAGCGAGGAGAAAAGCGGAACAGGAAAGCGCUCAAGCUGCCCAGGCGCAAGUCAAAAGGGAUCAGUACCAUAAAGCGAAGCAGCAGGGCGAUGUGGAAGCCGACACGCCUCAUUUAGACGAGCUCGUACCUGAAAAGUUGGCCAAGGCCGAAGAUCCUCUCGAACAGGCAAUCAAGUUCCUUCAACCCCUACAAAAUUUAGCACAAAAUAGGAUAGAGACACACUUAAUGGCGUUUGAAAUUUAUUUCAAAAAAGAAAAAGUGCUGCUAAUGCUCCAAUCUCUCAAACGCGCUCACAAAUUGGAUGCGAUUAAUCCGAAACUUCACUCCUGCUUAGUACGUUUUCACGAGUUCUUAACGAAAAACAAAGCAACAUUGGACGAGACCAUUACGGAGGUGAUCGAAUCGGAGAAGGGCGUGCUGUUUAAAAAUAAAGACGUAGUACUGCUAAAUAGGGAGUAUUUGGAUACGUACGGUAAUAGCUUAGAGGCAGUUCUCGAGGGCGCGAAAAUGUUAUAUUAUUUAAACUCAAAGUUACAAAGUACAGCUCUUGGACUUGUUACCAAUAUUGACAAUAAAUAUCAGGAUGUAAAUAUAAAGACUUGUAAAAAUGUACUGAAAUCGUUAAAGAAUGGAGACUUUGGACCAUGUGAUACGGAAAUAGAGCAGUUCAUGACCAGCUGUCAGGUUCUAUUCCCGCACGCCAUAGAUUUUCGAUCGCCGAGCAGUAUAGUCCACUGCGAAAGCAAUCACAUACCACCAGAUCCGGAUAACUACAGCAGCAACUGAUGUUAUUUGCCUAAAUCCGGACAGGACGAACUAUGUUUAGUGCUUGAGAAAUCACGUGUUGAAUUAAGAAUGGUGAAAGUUUGUAAAAACAGAGACUUCAAUCGUGUUAAUUGAUAAAUAGGUUACCUGUUGAUAAUGUUUUUCUAAAAAUUUCCUCUCCGCCGCUUUUGUUGUAAUUUUCAUCUUUUCAUGGGAUGCGCAUUAACAUAAUUUAUUUUACUUUCUUUACAGAUGUAAAAUUUUAUCUUGUAAACAAUUUUGUUGCGUUACUUCGGAGUUUUAUUUCGCCCACGAAAACAUAACUUUAUUCUUAAAGAACUGAUUAAACUAAGAAUCAAAAAUGCUUGUAGAAGUGUCGACAUUUUCAAUUUUUGUUACCUGUGACCUUUCGAUUAAAUCAAUAAACAACUA